AUGCGGCGGAAAAUCCAGUCGCUCAUCGUCGGAUAUGGCGUGCCGGCCAUCUGGUUCACCAUCAACCCGAACGACAUUACGAACCCGGUGAAGCUGCGACUGGCGGCAUACCGCACACGCGAUCCCGACGCGGCCGAGGAGUUCUUAGAAGGCCUUGGGGAUGCGUAUAAGCGGGCACGGCUGGCGAUAUCGGAUCCCAUGAGCUCGGCCGUGUUCUUCCACCGCGAGAUGAAGCUGUUCUUCGAUCAUUACGUGAAGGUCGGUGAAGAGUCGGUAUUCGGGCGCAUCGGCAAGUACUAUGGCGCCGUGGAGACGAACGAACGAGGGGCGCUUCAUGUUCACGGCUUGCUCUGGCUGCACGGGAACGCGCAUCUCAGCUCGAUGCUUGCCGACAUCCACGGGGAGGAUCAGGCGGCGUAUCGCGAGCGAAUCGUCCGAUACAUCGAUAGCGUCUUCUCAGAGGAUCUGGACCAGGAAAGUUUUUGCGCCGUGCAAGCGGAGCGAUCUGUGACGGGCGGUAUUGGUUCCCUGCUGGACAACGCCGCGCAGUUCUCGGCCGCGUUUAUCGAGGAGGCCAACUUCUGUGCCGGCGCGACGCAGGUGCACACGCAUAGCCCGACCUGUGUGAAGUAUUCCUUGGGCAAAGGAGGGCGGAAGGGACCUCUGCCGGUUCAAGGCGCCAUGGAGAUCCGGAGGACACACAGCAUGGUCAAUCGAUGGAACGAGGCUAUUGCUGUCGGGCUCCGGCACAACCAUGAUAUUUCCUUCAUUGCGACGCAGCGCAAGACAAUGGCCCUCAUCUAUUAUGUCACGAACUACGCGACCAAGGUGGAGGACCCGGUGUGGAAGCGUGUGGCGGCCGCGGCCGAGCUCCUGGCCGCCUCAACAGGUGAUGGCACGGGGAACAGGACGCGACAGUUCCUGAUGAGAGUGGCGAACCGCGUGUUCACGGAGCGUCCGCUAUCACAGGUCGAGGUCGUCGCUCACCUUCUCGGAUAUCCGGCCGAGUUCACCGACAGCAGCGCGUGGGCGUACCUGAACUGUUCUCUGCUGUACUGGGAAGUCUUUCGGCGAUGGCGGCAUCUCCGAGAAGCCAGUGGCGCUGCGGCUACGGAUGACACCUUGGAUGAGUCGGUGCUCAGGCGGCCGGGCAAGCACGCUACCGUCUGCCUCGACGGCUACCUGAGCAAGGACUUCACCUACGAUGACGAGUCGUGCUACCGGAGGGCAGCCGUGCAGCAUCUUGCGCUGUUCGUGCCGUGGGAGUCCUUCCUGGGCGAAGGAACAGGUGAGAUCAACAGCAUCUGGGCGCGGGCUCGAGACGCUAUGGCCCCGAGAAUAUCAUGUCUCGUCGACAACGUGCAGCUGCUUCGACGAUCCGCCGAAGACGCAAAACGCGACGCCAAGCAAUGGGCAGCCUCGUCCGGCGAUGGCGACCCGACGGUCGCACACGUCGAGGAGGGUGGAGCAGGCGAGGCGGGCGCGGAGUCUGCAGCGACAUAUCAGCCCAACAGCAUCGGAGACGCAACGCGGCUCAUCGACGUCGUCCGAGGUGCAGUGGGAGCGAAUCAGGUGACGGCCAAGUCGCCGGAGCUCAUGGCAAUGAUACAGCAGCUCUGUCGGUUUCAGCAAUCGGCGCUGCGCUCGACGGCCGAGCUCGAGGCCACGGCGCUGAUCGAACGAGGAGAGGCGGUUAAGCAUGCCAGGGCGGGUAUUUUCCGGGGCCGCACUACCGCCGCAGGAUCAGGUCAAGGCUAUCAAGUCGCAGCAGUCCAUCGCUUUUCUGAUAAUAUGCCGCCAGCUCGAUUUGAUGCAGCAGACCGACGGGGCGAUGCCUGCCAGCUGCGCCAGUUCGUCGGUGGCGAGGGCGGUACCGGCAAGUCGCGAAUCAUCGAGGCACUCGUCGAGCUGUUCAGUAAAAAGAGCCUUUCGAAUCGUCUGCUGAUCACGGCGACGUCGGGGACUGCGGCGGCGCGGAUCAACGGCAUCACGAUCCACUCCGCCUGCGGGUUCACUAAAGACCAAGGGGCGGGGGGCGCGAACAUGGAGAAGGAUGUGCUCGUCAUCGACGAGGUGAGCAUGCUCGGGGCGCGGACGCUGCACGCCGUGAACGAGCGGCUUCGCCGGCUUCGCGGAUCGCGGCAAGAUUUCGGGGGGAUCCCCAUCGUCCUCUUCUGCGGAGAUUUUCAGCAGUUCCGGCCGGUCCAAGAGAGGUCGAUCGUCCUGCCUAGCGCGGCCAUCUCGUGGGACGUAGACAACUCGUUCAAGGCCGAGCAGCGUCACCAGCACGACAAAGCGCACGCACUGUGGAAGAGGUUCACGACGGUCGUCAUGCUGGACGAGCAGAUGCGCGCCGCCGGCGACCCGGAGCUGCAGAGGCUGCUGAAGCGGAUCCGUCUAGGCGUGCAGGAUCGGACGGAUCUAAACCUCCUCAACUCAAGGAAUCGGUGGAACCUGAACAUGGAGGCGAGCCUGGCGUUCCGGGUCCAGCAGCGGUCGACGAUGCGCAUUUUCAUCUCCGAGCACAAGUGGAAGGAGGAGCUGCCGACGGAGGAAGAGGCGAUCAUGAUACUCAACCAGGGCGACGAUAGCGCGAUCCCGGUGCCGGCCGUCUUCAUGUUCGUGGCCGGGAUGCCCAUCGUCGUGAACCACAACACCCACCAGGGGCUGAAGCUAGUGAACGGCGCGAGCUACUCGGCGGUGGAGGUCAUUGUCGACAAGGCGUACCCGGGGCAUCGGAUCUCGGCCGAUAUGACGAUCCACUUCGGGCCGCCGGCGGGGAUCAUUCUCGAAUCGGAGACGACGAGAUAUCUCCACUUCUGCCAGCGAAAAAGGCCGUGGCAACGCAACGACGUCAGCCGAAAGGGUUUGCCGUGCGCAGCAGCGUUCGCGUGCACGGACUACAAGGUGCAGGGCAAAACGCUGGAGCGCGUGGCCCUCGAGCUGCGAGGACACGGACGACGAAGAUGGAUGGAACGGUGGUGCCCUCGCAACGGCAUCAUGCUCGUGUCCAAGGUGCGGGACAGAGACUUGGUGGGCAACCGGGUCCCCGAGGAGAUGACUGCCGCACAGGCCAGGCUCGAGGUACUGAGCGAGAGGACCGUUGAGGAGGCGUUGCGCUGGCUGGACGGUGAUGCUGAAGAGUCAAGGCGGCCGGGCUAG